GCUCCUCCUUCCAGGGCGGCCCCACCUCGAGGCCCGGUCCAGCGCUCCGGGCACUCAGCUGCUCCGCCCGCAGGCAGUCCCCACUCCACUUCCGGGAAGGCCUCGGACAGGAGCGGAAGUAUAUCCGGGGCGGGGCAGUUGUGCGCGGAGUUUUUCCGCGGCGGACGGCGAGGCAAGGCUGAUUGGCGCCCCGGGGGCGGAGUCUGGCGGCGAGAGUGGCCAGAUCCUUCGGACAGCAGGCGGCAGGAAGAAGCAGGGGAGCCCUUAGUGCUGAAUUCCGAGAAGCCUGUCCUGGUUUUCCCCACGCGGUCCUUGGAGGUGUUCUAAGAAGGGCAGAGAAAAAGGUCUGGGGGAAACCCGGGGCCCAGUGACCGCCCUGUCUCGAGUAUCCUGCCCGCCCUGCCCUGUGGAGGCCCCGCCAAGAUGUCCAACCCCUUCCUGCUGAAACAGGUCUUCAACAAGGACAAGACCUUCCGGCCCAAGCGCAAGUUUGAGCCGGGCACCCAGCGCUUUGAGCUGCACAAGAAGGCGCAGGCAUCGCUGAACGCAGGGCUAGACCUGAAGCUGGCCGUGCAGCUGCCUGCUGGCGAGGAGCUCAACGACUGGGUGGCCGUGCACGUGGUAGACUUCUUCAACCGCAUCAACCUCAUCUACGGCACCAUCAGUGACGGCUGCACCGAGCGCUCCUGCCCCAUCAUGUCAGGCGGCCCCAAGUACGAGUACCGCUGGCAGGAUGAGAACAAGUUCCGGCGGCCCACGGCGCUCUCAGCCCCCCGCUACAUGGACCUGCUCAUGGACUGGGUUGAAGUACAGAUCAACAAUGAGGACGUCUUCCCCACCAACGUCGGCACGCCGUUCCCCAAGAACUUCCUGCAGGUGGUGAAGAAGAUCCUGUCACGGCUCUUCCGCGUGUUCGUGCACGUCUACAUCCACCACUUCGACCGCAUUGCGCAGCUGGGCUCCGAGGCGCACGUCAACACCUGCUACAAGCACUUCUACUACUUCGUCACGGAAUUCGGCCUCAUUGACACCAAGGAGCUGGAGCCGCUGAAAGAAAUGACCGCACGGAUGUGCCACUGAGAGGCCCUCAGCCCCAUGUCACUGAGGCCACUACUGGAGAGCCAUGUCUCCGGAACAGGGACCAGUGUCUCCUAGCCCAGAGCUCUAUGCCACAGGGUGGCUUCCUCUGUUUGAUCGAGAGGUACAGCAACUGUGGGCCUGCACAGACCCCAGUCUCCUGGCCCUGCUGGGGAGAUUGAACUUGAAUUCCAUGGUUCUGUGUGCUGUGAGCAGCCAGGAAAACCCACUUUGUUUGUAAACCACUUGCAUUUUCCAGGACACGACCCCACCCAGCCCUGUCUCCUUUGGGCUGGGCCUGGGGGAUGCUUGGCCUAGGGGGUUGCUCAACCUAAGCCGGUGCUCAGCCUGUGGGGUGCUGGGCCCAAUGAGGCCAAGGCUGGAAUCUGAUCCUGCAGUGAGCACCCUACCCACUUGCAUCCUCCCCAGACCACUUCUGUCCCUAGUUCUUCCGGGAUUCGUCCCAAGCCCACACCCACAUCCCAGGUUUCCUGUGGCCCCUUUGCAUUGCAUAAAAGAUUGAGUUCUUACACUUUCAUUUACCACUGCCAUGAGAUGUUAUGGGAAGAAAGUUUCUUACAUACAGAUAAGUGAGCUCCCCACCCCCUGCCCCCAAGAGAAACAUCCCCUGUCAAGAAUAACAGGCUGCUGCUCUCUGGGUUUGGGGCCUUUGAAUUUCCCUGAAUGUUUGGAGUCGCCUCUCUUCAGACGCCUGCCAGCAUCCCAUCAAAACCCUGUGCGUGUGACCCUCUGUGGCUCCGGAACCAAACCUCCCCAUUGCAUCUGGGGACGUGGGGCUGCAUCUGGUAUCCGAGCACUUGCAGGGGAGAAGGGCGCCAACGCCAAUACCGCACAAGUGCAAUUACCACGACCUGGCCUUGGUCCUUCCAGAAGCCACCAGGUCCGACUCCUCAGGAGACAGCCUGAAUGUAGCUCCUUUUCAGUGCAGAACUGCGACCAAAUGCCAUAACCCCUGUGCCCCCCAGGUCACUGGCCAGGUCGGAAAGGCGGCGGGGCUGUGGGCAGGGGUCCCAUGUACCCACCCCCACGCCCGUGGAUGUUCCCCCAUGAACAUCAGAAUAAAUCAUGCCGUCUCCUCC